CGGCGGCGGCCGGCUCGGAGGGUUUUUUGGCUGCGAAGCGGGCGCUGGAUGGAGGUGUUUUCUUAACGGGCCUUCCCGGGACCUGCCCCUCCCUCUUCCUCCUCCUCCUUCCUCGCAAUGCCUGCCCAGGCGCCGCCGCGGGUUCCGGACCGUCGAGGGGAACCAUUACCAGCGCCAUAGGAUCCGGACGGCGAGGCGGAGGAAGCGCGGAUCUGUCGGCGAGGGAGAGAGAGCCACGGCGGCGAGGAUGAUGCUGCUGGCGCUGGAGCUGCUGGCCUUGGCGGGGCUGGUGGGCGGGCAGAACGAGACCGAGCCCAUCAUCCUGGAGGGAAAGUGCCUGGUCGUGUGCGACUCCAACCCGGCCUCGGACCCCACCGGCACCGCGCUCGGCAUCUCCGUCCGCUCCGGGAGCGCCAAGGUGGCCUUCUCCGCCAUCCGCAGCACCAACCACGAGCCUUCCGAGAUGAGCAACCGCACCAUGAUCAUCUACUUCGACCAGGUACUAGUGAAUAUUGGGCUGAAUUUUGACUCCGAGCGCAGCACCUUCAUCGCACCCCGGAAGGGCAUCUACAGCUUUAAUUUCCACGUGGUGAAGGUAUACAACAGACAAACCAUCCAGGUGAGCCUGAUGCUGAACGGGUGGCCUGUGAUUUCGGCCUUCGCUGGGGACCAAGACGUCACCCGGGAAGCCGCCAGCAACGGAGUCUUGAUCCAGAUGGAGAAAGGAGACCGAGCCUAUUUAAAACUGGAGCGAGGAAACUUAAUGGGAGGAUGGAAAUAUUCCACCUUCUCCGGAUUUCUAGUAUUCCCUCUUUAAAUAACUUGCCUGCUGGAUGAAGGGGGGGAAAAGGGGCUUCGGGAAAGAUUUUCUUGGAGAGACACAGCUUUGGACCUCCUUUGGAUCAUGUCUACAUAUUACAGAAGUUAAAUCCUUACUUAGGUUUGUGUACAUUGCUUGGAAGAGCGUUACGAGAAGAAGAAGAUGCUUGAAUUCGCCAUCCUGCGACCACGUUUUUUUAUUUUGCUGCUUCUCCGUUUCGAACUGAAUUCGUUAUCUCUCCCUUUAACCAAUUUAUUCUAACCUUUGCCAACACCUGUAUGUUUUCUACUUUGCACUAUCCCUUUGUGACCUAAUUUGUUUUUAGCAUCUUCAUAUAUAUUUUUUUUACUCUUUCCCUGAGUUGAAUGGAUUUUUGGAUAGGUGGGCGCCAUGGCGAGAGAGAAACAGAGACGUGCAAUGCAAACCACGCUGUAUGCUAACCAAGCAAACAGGAAAAAAAAUAUAUAAAUAGAAAUAUAUACACAUCGACAUGAACUAUUAUAGCCAAAUCCUGAUUUUCACUAUUUCUAUGUAAAUCUGAGUGAUUGUGGAAUUUACAGGCUGCUUAAUGUUUUGAUGCUUUCCUUUUGGGUUAUUAUUAUGACAAUUUAUUAUUUUUUUGCUCUCGUAAUUGUGGCCCAACUUACAUGCCAGAAAGUAUAUGGAUCUUUGCCUCAUUACUCUGUAAGAUAAGAUGUGAAUAUGAAAAAAAGGAUUAAUUUUGGAUUUUGUUGACAACAUGUUUAAAUGGGGUUUUUGAAUUGUUUAUUUCAGGGUUUCUGUUGAUUGCUUUAGAUGAGAAAUUUGGUGCAAUCUUAUUCAGCCUUAGAAGGAGGAAAGUAGAAGGUGCAAAAAAACAAAAGGAAAGGGGGGAAUAUACGAGGGUUGAAUGAAAAGUAAUGCCUCCACCUUCGUAACACCUCAACGGAUGGUAGUGCUGGUAUGUGACAGGUACUGGCUUGUUCAGUAGACUCUCCUCUACAGUUCCAUUUGGCGGGAAGACUUAGCAUUGAACGGUUGUGUUGUUAAAGUGCGAAGUAUGGAACCCUACAAGGACGGUUCCAUUUGGCGGGAAGCCUUAGCAUUGAACGGUUGUGUUGUUAAAGUGCUAAGUAUGGAACCCUGUGCAAAUGGUUCCAUUUGGCGGGAAGCCUUAGCAUUGAACGGUUGUGUUGUGAAAGUGCGAAGUAUAGAACCCUACAAGGACGGUUCCAUUUGGCGGGAAGCCUUAGCAUUGAACGGUUGUGUUGUUAAAGUGCUAAGUAUGGAACCCUACAAGGACGGUUCCAUUUGGCGGGAAGCCUUAGCAUUGAACGGUUGUGUUGUUAAAGUGCGAAGUAUAGAACCCUACAAGGACGGUUCCAUUUGGCGGGAAGCCUUAGCAUUGGACAGUUGUGUUGUUAAAGUGCGAAGUAUGGAACCCUACAAGGACGGUUCCAUUUGGCGGGAAGCCUUAGCAUUAAACGGUUGUGUUGUUAAAGUGCGAAGUAUGGAACCCUACAAGGACGGUUCCAUUUGGCGGGAAGCCUUAGCAUUGAACGGUUGUGUUGUUAAAGUGCGAAGUAUGGAACCCUACAAGGACGGUUCCAUUUGGCGGGAAGCCUUAGCAUUGAACGGUUGUGUUGUUAAAGUGCGAAGUAUAGAACCCUACAAGGACGGUUCCAUUUGGCGGGAAGCCUUAGCAUUGAACGGUUGUGUUGUUAAAGUGCGAAGUAUAGAACCCUACAAGGACGGUUUCAUUUGGCGGGAAGACUUAGCAUUGGACAGUUGUGUUGUUAAAGUGCGAAGUAUAGAACCCUACAAGGACGGUUCCAUUUGGCGGGAAGCCUUAGCAUUGGACAGUUGUGUUGUUAAAGUGUGAAGUAUGGAACCCUACAUGGACGGUUCCAUUUGGCGGGAAGCCUUAGCAUUGAAUUGUUGUAUUGUUAAAGUGCGAAGUAUGGAACCCUGCGCAGAUGGUCGGUCAAUGCAACUUAAGCAACAUGCAGUCACUGAAUUCUUGACAGCAGAAGGUGUCAUCCCAAAGGAGAUUAAUCAGAGAAUGUAAGCUGUUUAUGGGGAUUGUGGUGAUGUGAGUACUGUGCAUCAUUGGGCAAGUAAGUUUGAAGAUGUUGAGGUGGGAACAUCUGACUUGCAUGACAAGCAAAGAGUUGGAUGUCCUGUGACAGCAACCACCGAGUUGCACAAGCAAAAGGUUGACAGACUGAUUCAGGAUGAUUGUCGUAUCGCUCAGAGAGAAAUUUCAAGCAUAAUCGGCAUUUCACAAGAACGUGUGGGUCACAUUAUUGCUUUGCUUGGUUUUGGAAGAUCUGUGAGACGUUGGUUGCGGAAACAGUGUCGACUUCUUCUGUGACGUCUUCAGAAAACUUGUUCAUCGUUGGCAGAAAUGUAUCCAAUUGUCUGGUGAUUAUGUGGAAGAGUGAAUAGUGGUCGUUAAGGAGCACAAUCUAAGGAUUAUUUCUGUAAUUGAUUUAUUAAAAUAUUCCCAUCCAAACCCAAGUAACGAAGGUGGAGGCAUUACUUUUCAUUCAGCCCUCGUGUAUAUAUAUCUCUCUCUACUUUUUUGUUGCAGGUUGCAUUUGGUUCUGACUGUGAUAAUGCAAGAAGGGAAAAACAAAGACUUCGGCCGCAGGUACCUAAGGCUAGAAAACAGUCCUUUUCCUCAGGUUCUUUUCUUCUGAACUGUUUUCCAAAAAAAGGCAGCCAACGUGGGUUGUGUAACUAUAUCAGCAUCUGCAAACGUCCCCUCGAUUGGAUAAUUUGGGAUGCCAUUCCAAUGGUUAGAGAGGGAACGCAAACACACAAUUUCCCCCUGCUUUGGCAUUGUAUAUCUCUCAAUUCAAUCAGAUUUUAUAUAUCUGUCUUACUCAAAAGAGAGAGGGGGAAAUAACACCUUGAUGAUGUUAUUAUGCCUACAAUGCUAGCCUUAUAAUUUGCCAGGAUUUUUCUUUUUUGCUGACCGUCUUUCGAAAGAUGUAAAUGCUAUAAUUUUUGCAGCACUCUAAAGAGAAUAACUACUUUUAUUAUCAAGGUACGAGUUAAAAAAAAUACUUUUGAUUGUAAUCAAAACAUAAUGUGAAAUAAAAACCAGUGGAAUAAACAAGA